AUGGCUGAUGCUUCAUCAUCCAAAGUCAUUGACUCGAUAAUGAGUUCGGAUGAAAACCCGGGCGGGAGAAGCGAAUCUGCUGACCAGCUUCGGGGGCUAGGCCAGAACCAGCAGCGCAUUCUGGAUGUCAUCGACACUCUGCGAUCUGCCACGCUCGAGGAGAUACAGCUGCCACAGCUCGUCGUUGUUGGCGAUCAGUCGGCCGGCAAGAGCUCUGUCCUUGAUGCUAUUCCCGGGAUCCCAAUUCCUAAGGACCCCGACGGUUGCACGAGAUUCGCAACGGAGUUCCGUCUCCGCCGUGGCGAAGCCAGAAUCUCCAUGGGCAUUAUUCCACACAAGAACCGGACUGUUGAGAAAAGAGAGGAGCUUCUCAAACUGACCCAUGAGGCGACAGACACAGCUCAGCUCAGCACCUUCAUCAAAAAAUGUCAGAAGGCCAUCUUUGGCGGUGAUGAGUCCGGCAAAGGCAAUUUUGCCUCACGAGAUAUCAUGACGAUAGAGAUCCGCGGGCCGAAAAUGCCGCUGCUUACGCUGGUUGAUCUCCCGGGUUUUAUCCAAGCGCCAAAUAAGAAGCGGACUGUCAAAGACAUUGCGGCCAUCAACGACAUUGCUCUGGAUUACAUGAAAAGGGAGCGAACUAUAAUACUGGCUGUUGUUGCCGGGAGCUCCGAUUAUGUUAACCAAGUGGUGCUGAGGAAUUUUCUGGACUACGACAAAGGAGGUCAAAGGACACUUGGCAUCGUCACGAAGCCCGAUCUGGUCGAUAGCAUCGCUCUUGAGGAAAAGUUCUUGAAGCUAGUGAAAAAUGAAGAUAUCAAACUCGAUCUAGGCUGGCAUGUUCUGAGAAACCGGGCCCCUCAGGAGAAGGAAACAGAGACCAACGACCGUAACCAGAAAGAACAUGAGUUCUUUGCCAAUGGCAACUGGGGAGAUCUCCCAAAGGGCACAUAUGGCGUCGAGUCCCUGGUCGCCAAACUGAGUGACUUGCUCUACAGUCACAUCACUGAUUACUUCCCUCGGCUCCUGGGAGAGAUCAAGGAGGAGCUCGAGCGCUCUGAGAAAGAACUUCAUGCCAUGGGACGCCGCGUUAAUAAUGAAUCAGAAAUGUUGGCAGAAGAGAUGGUGAGAGCUUUACACAGAUAUCACCCCGGAAUCUCCGCGCGCGCAUCAGGCGGGAGAACACCGAGUUUGAGAAAGAAAUACGAAUUCGUGGCUGCAAGGUGCGCCUUGUUGGUAAGGGCGUGCAACAUGAGGACCACGAUCUUGAGGAUGCCCGACUCAGAGGGAUCACCCUCGCGCGUGAAUGUGGAAGAUUACGAGACCAAAACUGUGCAAAUCUACCUUGAUACAUAUGUGGGACAGCAUCUACCUGGUGACUACGACCCAUUGAUUGUCUACCAUUUGUUUGUCGAUUACUCGGCCAAGUGGGACAGUAUCGCCCGUAACUACAGGGACAGGAUUCAAGGCAUAGUUAAUGAAUUCCUGCAGCAGGUUGUGAACUCUGUCUGGCCGCAACGCAUGCGAACGCGGCUAUGGUCGACGCUUCUGGGCAAGAAGAUUGAAAUGCUUCAAACUCGGGCAGGCGAAGAGCUCGAGAGGCUCUUGUUGGAUCGUCGGAGAUGCUCCCCAAUCUACGGUCCUGAGUAUCUCAGACGGCUAAAGGAGCUGCAAGUUAGUUCUUCCCCAGACAAAAUAUCACCGACUGGGGAGAUCUUACAAAGGAUGCUAGUGUACUAUGAGACUGUGGCUGAGCUUGCUGAAGAAGAUAAACAUAACAAAACUAUACGAGAUCGUUUAGAGCUAAAAGUUAGCAAGCUGAAAGAGGCUCGCGACGACUGUAUGGCAGUUGCCAUGGCGAAAGGCCAAAACCUGAACCAACAAGUCGAGCCAGACAUAGUAAACAUAGUAAACCUAGACUCUAAAGAGGAGGAUUUAGACAAGCCCUUACAAACCCGGCACCACAAGCACGAAAAUGCCGAACCUAACGGAAGGAACGGCGUGGUAAAUAGGGGCAAGCAGAACAGAAGCAGUCCGAUGGACGCGGAUUUGAAGAAGGCGUGGGACGUUCUCAGUGACGAGGAGAAUAAUCUUGCUUAUAGUAAUCACUGA